UGAUUAAAUAAAUACAAUCAGGGACUGCACAUUAGCACAAUUUUGAGAUAUGUAUUCUUAAGUAUAUAUUGAAUUUACAUUCAUGAUACUACAGACUUCUACUCCACUACAGCCCAAAUGUCGUACUUUGUACUUCUCUGGUAAGUCUAACUAUGAAUGUACAAAGUUGAUAAAUGAUUAUUAUGUGUUAUUCUCACUAAAUAUGCAUAUUGAUACUUCUUUCAUUACUCACAGAAUAAAUAAAUAAAUUCACUCAUCACCAUAUUCAGUAAUCUCAAAAGCCUCAGCCAACAUGGGAUGAAUAUAUAACAUGUUAUUUCAGUAUAAUCUUGUCAGUAUCAUUUUUUUUAAAUCAUAAAAAAAACCAAAAAACUGAAGUGCUGCAUUCUCAACCGCAAGGAGGAAGUGAUUACAGUCUGAAGGUUAAUGAAACACGACACACACACUCCAAACACAGAAGUUAGUGGGUGUGUUAACAAAUUACAAGUAGCAGCCACAGUUCAUAUUCAGACUGUGUUCAGAGUUUGUUUCAUUUAGCUCUACUCUGUGAUCCACCAUGAAGAUGCAUGUGCUCGUUCCUUUGUGUGUUCUGUUCACCCUCACCCAACAGGUACCUUCACGUGAUAGGUGUGCAUGUGAGUUGACUAACACAGAGAAGGCUUUCCCUCAUGACAAACUCAGCACAGCGGAGGACAACGCCUCAAAAUGCAACAGUAACAUCACACCACAAAAGACUCUGGAGCUGGAAAGUCUGCUGUUGGGUUUGGAGAAACGUCUGCCCCAGCUGCAGGAAGAUGUGUCCAUGCUGGAGAAGGAAGAUGAUGGAGACCUCUAUGGAGUCAUCAGCCUGCAGGUGGUGGAGAACGAACUGCUGGAGAUUAAGCAGCUCAUCAGCAGGCUCCGCAGCACCACCCUGGAACACCAGCUUCUGACUAAUGACACCACUAACAAAUUGGAGGUCCUGGGUGAAGAGAUGCAGGAGCUGGAGACAUAUGACACCAUGCAGGUGGUGAAGAGACAACAAGACAACCUGCGUCUCAAGAAAGACCUGGACCAGUGCAGGAAUGGACUUCAGGCCACUGUCCAACCAACUCAGCCUCCACAAGGCAACUGUCCCCAUGGGUGGUUACGGAACGUUACCGGGCCAAGGGUGUACACAGCAGGAGAGUACCCUGGCUCCUACAACUAUGGAGCCUGGGGUCGAGAUUCCAAACCAGAGGAGGGGAAGGAGAGUUGGUAUUGGCUGGUAAUGAUGACCUCCAGCAACAAAUACUCCAACUACGUCCGUCUUUACUCCAGUCUGAGCGCUCUCAUUGUUGGGGAAAGCAGACCAGGUAAUGUCCAGAUCAGCCCCUCUAAUCCAACCACCAACACCAUCCAGGGUCCAAAUACGGUGCUGUAUGGAGAGGCUUUGUACUACAACUGUUACAAUCAAGAUUCUGUUUGUCGAUUCAACCUGACCACCAAAACUGUGACCACCUUACAACUUCCAAAAGGCACCAGGUAUAACUCAAAGGGAAACUUCUGCCACCUUGAUGCAUGCUACCCAUUCACUGACCUGGACCUGGCAACAGAUGAGUCAGGUGUCUGGGUCAUCUAUACCACCACCCAGGACUUUGGCAACUUGGUGCUGUCCAAGGUGGAGGAGGGGGAACCGAUGACACUUGGCCAAACCUGGUACACCUCAGUCUACAAGCAGGCUGUGACCAACACCUUUAUGGCGUGCGGUGUGCUCUAUGCAACACGGUAUGUCAACAAAGACAUGGAGGAGAUCUUCUAUUCUUUUGACACCACGACAGGCAUGGAAAGGUUCAACAUUGGUGUCUUCAUCAACAAGAUGUCAGCCAAUAUUUAUUCCCUGAACUACAGCCCUGUGGACCAGAUGCUACAUGCCUACUGUGACUCCUACAUGGUUUCCUAUAAAGUUUUGUUUUUGUAAAAGCACAAUGCUGACAACAUAAUAUGCACAAAAGCCUGUAUGUUCAUUAAUAGUGGCAAGCACAAGCAAAUAAAGGUUCUUAGCAUUGAGGAGAUGUGAAAUUAUCCUGCACUUAAAUGGUACACAUGGUAAAUUUACAUGCUAAAUUCAGCAUUAUGUGUAUUUACAUUCUGACACGAAGUAAAGAGUAUUUCAGAGCUCCCUGUCAUUAAUCAACAACUGCCCCAACAAAAUCCAAUUUAUAUUGAGACUACUAAGUGGUUAAAAUGUUAUAUCAGUUUGUAUAGAAUGUAAUUUUGUAUUUUCAAAUUGCAAACAUUAGUAUUUUAAUCAAAUACAUUUUAUUAUGCAGACCCUUUGUAUUAUUUUACUAACACAUUUCAUGACUAAGUAUUUGUAAUUUGUAACAAGAUACUUGUUGAUGCAUUUGUGCCCAUCUCUGGCUGUUCUUUUAACCGGUCUUAAGCUACUGUCAAUAAACUUCAAAACUUCUUGAGAUGAUUCACUUUUAAAGUCUACCUAAAUGAUUUUCUCCUGAGCUGCUGGGAAUAUCUUAAAGCUAACUAAACAUCUUUGUAGGUGUAGAGUUUUGUUGUUCAUAAGCAUAGGUACUGCUGAAACAUGCAUUCUUAACCGAAUGCAUGCGAACAACUCAAACUCAAAUUUUGAAUAAAGUCAAUAAUUUAAUAGCCUUCUGAAGUACCUGACUUGGUAUCAGUUGAAACAUUUCAGCACUUUGUAAAAACAUGUUCCUCAUAAGCAGACACUGCCUGGUUCACUGCAUUCGGUUUUCCAUGCUAACAUUGUGAAAAAAUGUCUCUGUUGGUGGAAUGGUAUUGGCCCAUUACUUAGGCAUAGUGAAGUGACGCCCUUCUUGCAGCAACAUCUGUAUGGAAUAUUACACAUGAAAAAUGCAUUGCCUAUAUUCAAGUUUCAUUUCAUAUAUUCUGACUUUUCACAUACUUUUGUACAUAGUAGUCUGUCCUGUUCCUUACCCUGAUGUGUACAGCUUUGUUCCUUGCCAAU